GUUGAUUGCCGUCACGCGACAUGGCGUCUCUACCGCCGCGCCCCGCGUCGCAACGCCGACGCUCGUCUCCGGCCGAGCCAUCUCACUCCCACCCAGAGCAAGGCCCAACACGCAGCCUGUCGGGUCAAUCGGUAGACUCGCAAACACUCUUGCUCAACUCUCGGUCGUCACACGCGUCUCUGGAGCAGCAGGAAGAGCGAGAGGCUCCCGCCCAACAUUCCGCACCGCAAGAAGACGAUGAACCCCGCAAGUGCUGGAUUUGUUUCAACGACGAGACAGAAGACGACGAGACAAGUUCAGAAUGGCGCAACCCGUGUGCGUGCUCGCUGGUGGCGCACGAACAGUGUCUACUCGACUGGAUAGCAGACAUGGAGGCGCCAAACUCGCGGCGGCGGGCCGGCACGUCGGCGGGAAAGAUACUAUGUCCACAGUGCAAGAGCGAGAUCAAGGUGCAGCGGCCGCGCAGCUAUGUCGUGGAUGCCGUGAGGGGCGUCGAGCGCCUGGCGGGAACUCUGUUGCUGCCUGGGUUCGCUCUGGUGACGGGCACGGUGCUAUACUCGACUCUGUCGCUAUCAGGGACUGCGACAAUAUACCAGAUAUUCGGCACGGAGGAUGCGUUGCAGAUUCUCGGCCCGCUAUACCAGCCGCCAGACCGAAGAGUCAACUCAGUAAUGAUGCAGUGGCUCGAGCAUCUGCGACGACACUGGAGGUUGGAUCUGGGGCUCCCUCUGAUACCCACGGUGCUUGUUGCGAGCAGAACCACCUUUGCCGACUCGUUUCUGCCCUUUCUUCCGCUCAUCUUCUUCGUCAGCUCAGGCCAGCCAGGCGAUGAGCUGAUGCAGCUGCAGUGGCCCCCAAGCGCCGCCUUUUCCUUUGCCGCACUGCCAUAUAUCCGCGGCGUUUACAAUGCAUACUAUGAACGCGUGUGGCUGCCGCGAGAGCAGCAGUGGCUCAAGGAGAUACAGCCUCGAGCAGGUGAGGACGCAGAUGCCGACGGGCAAGUAGAGGGCGAGCACGAGCAUGCACACGAUCAGGACAAUGCAGACGUAGUGGAGGAGGUGGAGAUUGAGCUGGACUUUGACAUCUUUGCCGACUGGAACGAUGGCGGUGAUGCAGACAACGAAGCGCGCCCUGCACCACAAGACGCAGACGACGACGCCGACAUUCCCGAACUGGUUGAAGUCGGGCCCCAGGCAAAUCCCGCACCCGCUCCAAACGUGCCCAUGCAACCCGCCGCCCAGCGACCCCGACGCGUACGACGCGAACGCGGCGUCACCUUUUCCACCACAUCGCUCGCAGACACCAUUCUCGGCGCUCUCCUCUUCCCGACCAUUGCCGCGGCAAUCGGUGAACUUCUCAAACACACCCUCCCUUCCUCCUGGGUCCAUUCCCCCACCGGCGCUCCCCCUGCAUCCUGGCUUGGAGGCCUGGUCAAAAACAGCGGCAGAGUCGGAGGCGUCGGCAAGCCAACUGGCUUCUUACAAACACGCUGGGGCCGAAGCAUCGUCGGCGGAUGCAUGUUUGUCGGACUCAAGGACGCCAUUAUGCUCUACGUCCGGUGGAAAACCGCGCAGAAUCAUCGUAAAAGGGGCAUUUUGGAUUAUGACGGGACGAAGAGGAGGGCAGGGAAAUAAUCUCUUCGUUAGUGGUGAGUUGGACGGAUGGAGAAGAGUUUUGUAUACAGAAUUGCAUGGCCUAGGUACUGUUGGCACGCUGUAUUAUAUUGAUUUCAGGGUUUACUACUGACUCACUCGUAUUGCUCUUGUUGCCCCUGGUGCUUCUACUCGAAUGGUCUGGAAAGAUGGAUAGUAUUAGCUCACAAGACAUGUUU